AUGAGAGGUUUUGAACCAAAUAAGUUCUACCUUUUUAAACUAUUAGAAUCAGUUGAUAUUGUAGCAGUACAGGAGCAUUGGCUGCAGAGCUUCUCAGAACACAAACUUACUGAGCUUAAAGACACCCAUAUUGUUUAUGCCAAAUCUUUUGAUAACGGAUUGUCCAGCCCAUCACUCACUCGUCGUGGAAAAGGUCGUGUAGCCCUUUUCCUUCAUCGCCGUUUUCAAGCAGCCUGUGCCAUUGUAGAUACCACAUCCAACAGAUUGCUGUGUGCACAUAUUUGUGAUAAGGACUGUUCUGGGAGUUUACUAUUUGUGAAUGUAUAUAUGCCCUCUGGAAGUAGUGCAGCUGACCAGGCUGAAUAUGCUGAUAUCCUGACAGAAAUUUCGUCCCUAAUUGGUCAGUACCCUAGUGCUAAAGUAAUACUUAUGGGAGACUUUAAUGCUGAUAUCACAGGACUGCCUUCUUCUUGGAACAGGAAAGCCCAACUAUUGCAGCAUUAUCUCACAGAGAAUAGUUUGGUUAGUAUGAUGACGAUCUACCAAAAUUCCAGUGAUUACACCUACAUGAGUGAUGACGGAUCAAAGAAAUCCUACAUUGACCACAUCAUUACUCACUCUGCUAAUGUAGGCUCAUUCUUCGAGUACAUGGUGGUUCCUGAAGACCCUCUCAAUACCUCAGAUCACCUGCCAAUACAAGCUUCAUUCAUGUCCCACUUGCACCCAUGUAAGGAGGCGAGACAGGAGAUUAACAUGACAAACCACAAGUAUAACCAUAUUCGUAUCAAGUGGAACCAGGCCUCUUCGCAAGAGAUUCAGGAGGUAUACUCAACAGCUAUUGACGACAUAUGUGACCAGCUUUUGUCCAGCCUACCUGAUGAAGCCUCCUUGACAGGAAAACAUGCUGAGUACAUGCUUAAUACAUUAUCUCAAGCGAUGUUGAAUGUGAGCAUGAGAAAUCUGCCAUAUGCCUCUGGUAAGAAGCGUAAGCGUCAGAAACCUGAAUGGAGCACAUCAGUUGACUCAACAUACAAGGCCAUGAAACUCUCUUGGAAGAAGUGGAAGCUAGGUGGCAAAAAUAGAUCACAAGCAAACCCUUUGUGGAUAAGAUAUAGAUCGGACAAGGCAGCUUUUCGUAAGCAGCUCAGGAAACAAAGGCAUAACCUAGAGAGCAGCCGGCUUCUACAAAUUGAGAGAGCCAAGAAAGGGGACGACAGGCUGUUUUAUAAGUUAAUCAAGGAAAGAAGAUCUCGUGCAGAUGCCUCUCCUGUGGACACACUCAUAGUCAAUGGUAAGAGCUACACAGGAAAGGCUACCAUUCAAGGUUUUGAAGAGUACUUCAAGAUGCUAUCCAUGCCCAACCCUGGUAAUAAUUAUCAAUCAACCAUUACUGAUACAGUGGAGAAACUGGCUAAUGUAAUCAGUACAUGUACUCCGAACCAAAGACCUUUCACAAGAACAGACUUAGAUAAAGCCAUAGGACAGCUUAAGAAGAACAAGGCUGCUGGAGCUGACCAGAUAUCGGCUGAGCAUGUGCUCUUUGGUGGUGAAAAGGCAAGAAAUCUUCUCUUAGUCAUUAUGAACACCUUUGUUGCUCACAGCUUCAUUCCAGAUGCCUUUAAAUAUGGAAUUAUUCUACCACUACACAAGGGGAAUGGUAAGCCUCUCACUGAUCCCUCUUGUUACAGAGGAAUAACCCUGUCAUCUACUUUCUGCAAAGUAUUGGAGUUGCUUAUAAAACCCAAACUUCUAGAACAGCUUCAUCUUCUUCUUCUUCUUCUUCUUAUUCUUCCUCCGCUUUUUUCGGAGAUCAGCACCAAGAUGCAGUAA